UUUCUCACGUCUAUUGUAAAGUAGUUCUUAAUAAGAGGGCCUAAUAUAGUAAGUAAUACUGUAAUAAUACACUAACUUAUUGAUCUAAAAAAAAGUUAAAUUGAUCGAUGUUUGUUUAGUGAAGUAAAAUCAUUAACAUGCUGUAUCAUCCACUAACAACAAGUUAUGCUUGUUGCUCAACAGAUAGCUUGCGUAACUACAGUUUUGGAAUGAAUGCUGAAAUCAAGGUGGUGCCAUCAUUCACUUCCAGGUGGUAUAUUUUAAAGAAGGAAAUACAUGCGCCUUGUUGUUCACUACCCACGCAUCUUCAGCAUCAAAAUACGACUGAGAGUAAUAUCAAAGAACACAGUCGAAUAUGGCAUAUUCCAACGGAAGUAGAUCACUUCAGUUCAAUGCGUUUUGCAAAAUAUUUCUUAAAAGUGAUUUGGAAAUUAUUCUUUUUAUUUCUGCUUAUCUUCAAGGCCACCGGUAAUUCAUGCAUCAAGUGCCGAAAAGUCACAAUUCAGUAGGAUAAAUUGUAGUAGGUAUUGGUCCAGGCAGAAAUAUAUUUAAAAGUUUAUGCGUAAUAUCUAUAACUUCAUUUAAACCCUUUUGCUGCAACUAGCGUG